UUAUACUUCCGGUUCCCGAAGCUAUUCAUUGUUUGGCUAGCUAUCAAAUCUAGACAAAUGUAUCACGCCUUUGAUCGUAUUGUGGACACGGCAAACUGCUGAUUGACCAAGCCUUUAUAUUAGAUUAACUUAAGGUCUCGUGGAAUAUAAAUAAGACAUCAUUAUCAAUUUACUAAACAUGGACAGUGAGAUGUCUGACCUGGACCAAGGUCCGGGGAUGGAGAACAGCAGUAUGGAGGAGGAGAAUGCACCUGUCUACUGCAUCUGUCGCAAGGCGGAUAUAAACUGCUUCAUGAUUGGCUGUGAUAACUGUAACGAGUGGUUCCAUGGCCACUGCAUAAACGUGACGGAGAAGAUGGCCAAGGGCAUCAGGGAGUGGUACUGUAUGCGCUGCCGAGACAAGAAUCCAUCUCUGGAGAUCAAGUUUCGACCGAAGAAGAGCCACGAGGAGAGGGUGGAACAGCCGAGGAAGGAGAAACAGACGAGUCUUCCGGACUUCAAAUUGGACAAGCGCCGAGGCUCACGGGUGAGAGAUAUUCUGGUGAAGCGCUCAGCUCGUAUGUGUGGUGAGUGUGAGCCCUGCAAACGCACUGAAGACUGCGCACAGUGUGACUUCUGCAAGGACAUGAAGAAGUUUGGAGGGCCUAACAAGAUCAGGCAGAAGUGUCGUCUGAGGCAGUGUGAAGUGCGCGCCAGGAAAAUGCUGCGUGUGAAAGAUGAAGAGUUUCUGCGUGAGCGACGGGACAACUCCAUGCACAGCCGCUACUCAGACGACUUUGACGACGAUGAGAUAGAGCUCUACCAUAGGCACAAAGCCUCACAGAAGACCCAGCCCUGGCUCAGCGAUGAUGAGGAUGGGCCUGUGUACAACCAGGUGAUGCGCAAGAAGGCAGUGAAGAUCAAGCACAUCAAAAGGCGAGAGAAGAAGUUUGACAAGAAGCAGAAAGAGUCUCGGCGGCACAAGCAGAAACAGAAGCACAAGGACAAGGUCCGGCACAGUGACCGCGGCGACGGGCGAGUCGGGGGCGAGGUGCAGCAAUGCCUGGGGCCCAACUGCGUGGAGCCGUCCCGACCCGGCUCCAAAUACUGCUCUGAGGACUGCGGUAUGAAGCUCGCUGCCAACCGCAUCUAUGAGAUCCUGCCCCAGCGCAUCCAGCAGUGGCAGCAGAGCCCGUGCAUCGCGGAGGAGCUGGGCAAGAAGCAGCUGGAGCGCAUCCGCCGCGAGCAGCAGCAGGCCCGCCUCCGCCUCACCGAGAUGGAGCGCCGCUUCCACGAGCUGGAGGGCAUCGUCGUCAAGGCCAAGCAGCAGACCGUGCUGGAGGACCAGGAGGUGAAUGAGGGAGACAGUGAAGACACAGACCUGCAGAUAUUCUGUGUGUCCUGCAGUCACCCUGUCCACCCCAAGGUGGCGCUGAGGCACAUGGAGAGAUGCUAUGCCAAGUAUGAAAGUCAAACGUCAUUUGGGUCCAUCUUUCCCACACGCAUUGAGGGGGCAACACGACUCUUUUGUGACGUAUAUAACCCUCAGAGCAAGACGUACUGCAAGAGGCUGCAGGUCCUCUGUCCAGAACAUUCCAGAGAUCCAAAGGUUGCGGUGGAUGAAGUGUGUGGUUGUCCGCUGGUGCGUAAUGUGUUUGAGCCGACGGGCGAGUACUGCCGCGUGUCCAAACGCAAGUGUAACAAACACUACUGUUGGGAGAAACUGCGGCGGGCAGAGGUGGACCUGGAGAGAGUCCGAGUGUGGUACAAACUAGACGAGCUGUUUGAGCAGGAGCGGAACGUGAGGACGGCCAUGACGAACCGGGCAGGACUCCUGGCACUUAUGCUGCAUCAGACGAUCCAGCACGACCCUCUUACCACUGAUCUCCGGAGCAACAAGGACAGAUAACCUUUGACCUCACGUGUUACAUUCUUAAUCCCUUGGACACAAAACCCAAAAGCCUAACUUGUCAGUUGGGGUAUCAGGCUCACCUUUUGUAUUGUGCGUCAGUGGAACGGACCUAAGAUUCCAAUAGAAGAUUUACUCCAUUGUUGUCUUUACAUAAAGUUAUUUGUUGCUUUUCUUUACUCCCCUGUCUUUUGAUGGCCAAAAAUAAAAAUGUCCUUAUUUAUCUAC